AUGUUGAAACACAUCAGGGACUGCACUGUGGCUGAGGCACAUCAGCACCGUGGUGACAGCUCAUGGGACCUGACAGUGGCUGAACUGAAAGCCUUCAUAGCUCUGUUAUAUAUCCGUGGAGCACAGGGUGCGAAGAACAUGGAUUUGGGGAGCCUUUGGUCGGAGAAAUGGGGUUUCCCGUUUUUCAAAGAAACCAUAGCCAGAAAUCGCUUCAGGGAGAUAAUGAGAUUUCUGUGGUUCGAUAAAAAAGAAACCCGACGUGUGCGUCUGCAGGAUGACAGGUUUGCCCUGGUAUCGGCCACUUGGAACAAGUUUAUUCAGAACAGCAUAGCCUGUUACAAGCCCGGUGCCGACAUAACCAUAGAUGAGCAGCUGUUCCCCACCAAGGCCCGGUGCAGAUUUCUUCAGUACAUGGGGAAUAAGCCUGAUAAAUUUGGCAUCAAAUUUUGGCUGGCUGCUGAUGUCCGUUCGAAAUACAUGCUGAACGGGGCUCCGUUUCUGGGUAAAGAAGAGGCACGGAGCAGAGGUCAGCUCGUGGGAGAGAGUGUGGUGCUGAAACUGGCGGAGCCAUUCUUGGGUAAGGGAAGAAAUAUUACCACGGAUAAUUUCUUCACUUCACUGAAACUGGCCACCGCCUUACAGGCCAAGAAGACCAGCCUGGUUGGCACUAUGGGAAAAAGUAAGCGCGAGUUGCCCCCCUCCGCAAAAGAGCAAGCGGAGUUGUAUAACACAAAAGUGCUAAAAUGUGCGGAUGCGACGCUCACGAUAUACCAGGGAAAGCCGAGGAAGAAUGUGUGCAUUUUGAGCUCCGUGCACACAAGCGUGGGGAUCACCGAUGGGCCGAAAGCAAAGCCGGAGUCUGUGACCUAUUACAACAACACCAAGUAUGGGGUGGAUGUCCUAGAUCAGAUGGCACGGGCAUACUCUGUGAAAGGCGGUACGCGUAGAUGGCCAGUGGCUGUAUUUUACAACAUCCUCGACCUUGCUGGAAUCAAUGCCCACAUCCUCUUCAAGGAGUGCACCAGCAGCAAAAUUGCCCGGAGGAAGUUCCUGCUGCGACUGGCAGAGGAGCUGAGAGCGGAGUUCAUGGAGGGAAAAAGGGCAGCAUCGCAGUCGACACAAGGUCCCAACCAAAAAAAUCAACCCCCGCAACUGACACCAAAACGGAGACAGUGCCAGGUGCGGAGAAUCUGCAAACAAAAUAAAACGCACGACACCUGCUGCAAAUGCCACAAACCCGUGUGUGGAAAUUGUGCGAGAAGAACAGAAGUAACUUGUGUUGACUGUGAAUCUUAAAUAGCCGAGCACGAUAUAGAUUUAUUUAAUAUAGAAUUUGUAGCAUAAUUGUUUUAUGGUUCCAAACUUCCUUCGUGACUCUUUUUAACUUUAGAGCUGCUUGUUUCCAGCUUAUGUUCUGUGUUAUAAUGUAUCAUAAAUGUUGUAACAUUUUUUUUUUCAUAAUCAAAUAGAUCAUUUUAAAUGUUAUUUUGUUGUUCUGAGUUAUGUAAAAUAAAUACAG